GGAGCCUGUCUCUGGUGGGUGGUAUACUAAAUAUUUUGUACCUAUCGCAUGACCUGACGUCCUUUUGCUGUGUGUCGUUGUGCUGAGCCCGUAUGGCCUUUAUGUUAGCUGCCCCUUACGUAUGGCAUGGUUCUAAAGAAGAAUUAUAAUAAUCGUUCCUGAACGCGACGAAAAUCGAAACAACUGCAUGCACAGAGAACAAAUACAUGUUUGGGGAAAUUCGUAAUUUAUUGCGGGUACUGGAACGAAAGACCAAACAAAGCACUUCACAGGAGCAGAAUCUGCAUUAUCUUGGUUAACUGAGAGAGGCAGACGAAACGCCCCCCAUGUUCGCUGUGUGCCCACUGCGCAGGGCCAAGCGCUAUGCCUGACCGUGACAGUGCCUACCUGUCAGGUGGCAGUGGGGGAGGCAGCGGCGGAGUAGUGGGCGUUAGCGUUGGGGAAGAAGCGGGUGCAGGGCCUGGGCUAGUGGGGGGAGCAGGGGAAGGCAGAGGGGGAUCUGGGAGUGGGUCUUGCGGAGCGGGAGCAGCUGGCUCUGGUGCCAUGGGAGGGGGUGCGGCGCUGGGGAACGGGAGUGGCUGCGGCGGGCUGGGCCCAGGUCUGGGCCUGGACGGCGUCUGCCGGGACUUCCUGCGUAACGUGUGCAAACGCGGCAAGCGCUGUCGCUUCCGCCAUCCGGACUUCAACGAGGUGCCCGACCUGGGCGUGCAGAAGAACGAGUUCAUCUUCUGCCACGACCACCAGAACAGGGAGUGCUCCCGCGUCAACUGCCGCUUCGUCCACGGCUCCAAGGAGGACGAGGACUACUACAAGAAGACCGGGGAGCUGCCCCUCAGGCUGCGGGGGAAGGUGGCAGCCGGCCUGGGCCUGUCGCCCACGGACCUGCCCCUGAGCCGGGGAGAGGUGCCCAUCUGCAGGGACUUCCUGAAGGGCGAGUGCCAGCGUGGCAACAAGUGCAAGUUCCGCCACGUGCGGAAGGACUACGACUACGAGUAUGAGCCGGCCAGGGUGGGGGUGGGCGGCGGCCUGGGGCAGGGCGGGGGCGGGAUGGCCAGCAUCGGGGGCAGUGGGGUCGGCUGCGGGGGGGUCGGGGGGAGCAUGUCGGGUCUGGUCGGCGGAGGUGGAGGGGGAAACAUGAUGGGGUUGGGGAUGGGGUGCCCGAGUUUGGGCGGUUGCAGGGACCAGGGGAUGAUGGGGGGAGGUGGGGUAGGUGGAGUCGGCUUAGGGGGCUGCCUUUCCAUGGGUCCCCCAGGGCCGCGGCGCUUUGACAGGGGCCCCUGCGGGGUGUAUGACCCCCUGUUUGAGGGAGGGCUGUUUGAGACCGGGCCCCUGGAGGCCCCUGUGGACCACGCUGCCCUGCAGCUGAAGAGGCGGAGACUGGAGGGCCUGCGGCUAGCUGACGGUGGGGGUGGGGGCCACUACGAGCUGGGGGUGCAGACUGCCCUUCCACCGCGGCCCCUGGAGUACAGGUUUCUGGAGGAGGAAAACGCUCUGCUGAGGAAAAGGGUGGAGGAGCUAAAGAAACAGGUUUCUAACCUCAUCGCCACCAACGAGGUCCUGCUGGAUCAGAACGCCCAGUUUCGCAGCCAGGCCAAGGUUAUGACACUGUCUUCCACACCAGCGCCGUCUGAGCAGAGUAUGGCGCCCCCUGUGGGCUCGGUCAGCUCCUACAACCACAGCAUUGCCCAGACGCACACCACCUUGAGCAGCGCUGGGCUGCAGCCCCGCCCCGUCACGCAGCAGGACCUGGUGGCCCCCUCAGGCGCCCCCACCGCCCCUCCCUCCAACGCGGCCCCACCUACCGCACCCCCACCCCACCUCAACCCCGAAAUCACCCCGCUGUCUGCCGCCCUCGCCCAGACCAUCGCUCAGGGCAUGGCGCCGCCGGUCUCCAUGGCGCCUGUAGCCGUUUCCGUGGCUCCCGUCGCCGUGUCCAUGGCCCAGCCGAUGCCGGGCAUCACAAUGAGCCACGCCACCACGCCCAUGGUGUCAUACCCCAUUGCCAGCCAGAGCAUGCGCAUCACCACACUGCCACACUGAGGCAAUGGGGCCCCAUAGACUACAGCCAGAAAUCAGGCUCAGCCUUUCAGGGCAGCAACUUAAAGGGGUCUCCAUGUACAUAGAGGUGCAGCCUCUGCUCCCCUCCACUGAUACAUGCCCUCUCCCAUUGACCAGAUUGGGAGACCUGAGGGGUACCACAGUCCACCCCACAGACGAGAACUAGCGGAGGGGGGUAGUGAGGGUGGUUGGGAGCGGUGAAUUGACAAAGGUCUUGCCAUCGUACAUCUGCCUGCUCUGGGCAUUAUUGCUGAAGAGAUGUUAUUCCUUCUGUUUGUUUCUCACUUUGUAAGUUUGCAAUGUGUUCUGGGUACUUUCCCCUCUGACCACAUACACCAAAAUCUCUGCAAAUGUCGGAUAUUUGAGAUGGACAUAUGUACUGAGGCCCAUAAUCUAAAUUGACAGAAAAGGAGGCUCACUGGGGUGAAUUAAAAUUUGUUGAAUGUUUUCCCCAUGUAUGUUGAAGGAAUAAAGUAUGUAAACAAACUAUUUUGCACAAAACACAAGAAUAACAGCGCAAAGUGAAUACUGCCUGCCAUUUUGCAAAACUAGUAAAACAAUUAGGGUGGUUGUAUGAGUUGGGCCCACAGGCCCAGAGCAUAAAGUUUUUAAUGAGGACUGUGUGUUCCUUAAGACAGUGUCUUUGCUAUUUUACCUAACCAGUUAAUUUCUUGUGUUUGUAGAAAAUUGGUUGAAUUUUAUGAACCUGUAACUGGAAUAAACCUGGGGCUUCCUUUAGAAGAUCCAAAAAUCUCAUUAAAAUCUCAGACACUUUUA